AUGAGUCCUUCAUUUGCGCAAGCAAACCCAUUCGCGCGACGAGAUACCCACCCAAUUCAAGCAAUCUGGACAUAUAAAAUAUGUACAAUCAUAUCCUGGUUGUUGGUGGUAGUGGUCACCUUCUACUACAACUUUCACGCACCUCAAGAUGACAAACACUCUUGGCGCCAUACUAUUUGGGAACAGAACAAGAUACACCAUACACCAUUUGCUAUGAACGCCUUCAUAGCUUCAUUUUAUUGGCUAUUCCUCUUCAUUCUACAAAUAGGAUAUGUUCUUCACCUCUUCAGCGACGAGGCCGAGCAUGUCAGCGCCGCAGCAUCAGUUGGAAGUCAUUUCAUCGUCAACAAUCUCUUCCAAUUUGCAUUCGUCAUGCUAUUCGUUCGAUCCCACUUCAUAUGGGCUGAAAUUAUGUUGAUCAUCAACUUCAUCAAUCUUUCCUCCCUCUACUUCCGUCAUAGCACAACCCCAAGGUUCAUUCAUAUGCCGGCUACAUCUGGUCCACUUGCUUGGAUAUUCGUAGCCUUGUAUUGGAAUGGAGCUAUUGCUGUUGGUGCUCAUAACCUUGCUGCACGCAUUGUCGCAAAUGUUGCAAUCUGGGGAAUCCUAGUCUAUGGACUAUUCUUCCUUGCUGUUUACAAGGAUUAUACCAUGGGUUUUGCUCUUAGUAUUAUCACAGCAGCAAUUGGAGUCGGGCAAUUCUUCACUAAAGUAUUUGCUCUUCAAUGGAUAUUUGCUUUUGCAAUAAUGGGCACUCUCUUCCUUGCUACAUUGGUCAUUGUCAUCCCUGGAAUCUUCGGUAAAGAGAUCUCAUUCAGAAGAGACUCAUCACCACUUGCUUCUGAGGAUCGAGAGAGAGCUCCUCUUUUGGACAACAACUAA